CUCGGACGAGUUCCGAUUUCCCGAGUCACACCCGGCAGCGAAAAGGAAUCGUUCGCACACAGACAAAACGAAAACGAAAGCCGCCAUAAAAACCCUCCAAUUCUCCAAAGGAAGAAGAAGGAUAAAAAAAACUCCCCGAAGGGCCAAACGUUAAACGAAAAGAGAGGCAGGUUUUGGGUGCUCUCUCUGUCCCCCUCUGCUCAAUUGUCGUUCGUUGGUUACCAUUUGCUCACUCCGUCGGCGAUGGCGCUCUCCGCUUCUAUCUCCGGCGGCGGCGCCUCCCGUCUACUCUCUCCCGCCGCAUUGCAUCACGACUCGCUGAGUAGCUGUAAGCUGGAGGAGAAGACGAAGAUCUCUUCCUCUUCUAAUUUGUCUCUCCUUCCUCGCUCCCCUGCCACCACCGCCUUCAGAACAGGAUGUGGAAGAAAGGAGUCGUACAGGAUCCAUGCUUCUUCUUCUGCUGCUAAAGCUAUUCUGUUGGAUGAAUCGAAGGAAAAGGUUCUACUACCAAAAGGUGACUUGUGGUCAGUCCAUAAGUUCGGGGGAACCUGUGUGGGAACUUCUCAGAGGAUAAAGAAUGUGGCGGAUAUAAUUGCUAAUGACAGUUCCGAAGGGAAAUUUGUGGUUGUGUCAGCAAUGUCGAAGGUGACUGAUAUGAUGUACGAUCUCAUCAACAAGGCACAGUCUCGGGAUGAUUCGUAUGUUGCUGCUGCUGACGCUGUGUUCGAGAAGCACAAGUUGACGGCUAUGGAUCUUCUCGACGGAGAUGAUCUUGCUACCUUUUUGUCGAGGUUGCAUCAUGAUAUCAAUAACCUUAAGGCUAUGCUUCGUGCUAUAUAUAUAGCUGGUCAUGCAACAGAAUCAUUUUCAGAUUUUGUGGCGGGACAUGGAGAGUUGUGGUCGGCUCAGAUAUUAUCAUAUGUUGUGAAGAAGAAUGGGGUUGAUUGUCAAUGGAUGGAUACAAGAGAUGUCCUUAUUGUCAAUCCUACUAGUGCUAAUCAAGUUGAUCCUGAUUUCGUCGAAUCUGAAAAACGUCUUGAAGAAUGGUUUGCUCAAAAUCCAUGCAAGGCCGUUGUUGCAACUGGUUUCAUAGCAAGCACACCUGGAAAUAUUCCUACAACUUUGAAGAGAGAUGGUAGUGACUUCUCUGCAGCCAUUAUGGGUGCAAUGUUGAGAGCCAGACAAGUGACCAUCUGGACCGAUGUUGAUGGUGUCUAUAGUGCAGAUCCUAGGAAAGUUAGUGAGGCUGUGAUAUUGAAGACUUUGUCCUAUCAAGAAGCUUGGGAAAUGUCAUAUUUUGGGGCAAAUGUUUUGCAUCCUCGAACUAUAAUUCCAGUGAUGCGAUAUGACAUUCCAAUUAUCAUAAGGAAUAUUUUCAACCUAUCUGCACCAGGGACCAUGAUAUGUAGACCUUCAGUUGACGAGGAAUUUAGUGGUCUUAUAGCAGAUGCCCCUGUCAGAGGGUUUGCAACAAUAGACAACGUGGCCCUUGUGAACGUUGAAGGAACUGGAAUGGCUGGUAUCCCUGGUACAGCUAGUGAUAUCUUUGCUGCAGUGAAAGAUGUGGGAGCUAAUGUUAUUAUGAUAUCACAGGCUAGCAGUGAGCAUUCUGUUUGCUUUGCGGUGCCCGAGAAGGAAGUCAAAGCUGUUGCAGAUGCUCUGAGAUCCAGAUUUCGUCAAGCUCUGGAUGCUGGGCGCCUUUCCCAGGUUGCAGUCAUUCCAAAUUGUAGCAUUUUGGCAGCAGUGGGCCAGAAAAUGGCUAGCACCCCUGGUGUGAGUGCCACUCUUUUCAAUGCUCUAGCGAAGGCAAAUAUUAAUGUGCGUGCCAUAGCUCAAGGUUGUUCUGAGUAUAAUGUUACUGUAGUUAUCAAGCGCGAAGAUUGUGUAAGGGCCCUGAGAGCUGUCCACUCGAGAUUUUAUCUUUCAAAGACAACAAUAUCAAUGGGCAUUGUUGGACCUGGUUUGAUAGGCGCCACAUUACUCGACCAACUUAAAGAUCAGGCAGCAGUUCUUAAAGAGGACUUCAACAUUGAUCUCCGUGUCAUGGGCAUCACUGGGUCGAGGACCAUGCUUCUGAGCAAUUCCGAAAUUGACCUGUUGAGAUGGAAAGAACUUAUGGAAGAGAAAGGAGAAGUGGCUGAUCUGGAUAAAUUCGCAAAUCAUGUGCAAGGAAAUCAUUUCAUCCCAAAUACCGUCUUGGUAGACUGCACAGCGGAUUCUGGUAUUGCAAGCCAUUAUUAUGAUUGGCUGCGACGAGGAAUCCAUGUUGUUACUCCAAACAAAAAGGCUAAUUCAGGGCCACUUGAUGAGUACUUGAAGUUGAGAGCUCUUCAGAGGCAAUCAUACACACACUACUUCUAUGAGGCGACAGUUGGAGCCGGUCUUCCGAUUAUCAGCACUUUAAGGGGCCUCCUCGAAACUGGUGAUAAGAUACUUCAAAUUGAAGGCAUUUUCAGUGGUACUUUGAGUUAUAUCUUCAACAAUUUUGUGGGCACUCGAGCAUUUAGUGAUGUUGUGUCUGAGGCAAAAGAGAAAGGUUAUACUGAACCAGAUCCCAGGGAUGAUCUGUCUGGAACCGAUGUUGCCAGAAAGGUUAUAAUCCUUGCAAGAGAAUCUGGUUUGAAGUUGGAACUUUCCGAUAUCCCAGUACAAAGUCUAGUUCCAGAACCCCUCAGAGCUAGUGCAUCUGCUGAAGAGUUCAUGAACCAGUUGCCCCAAUUCGACCAAGACAUCGCAAAGGAACGACAAGCUGCUGAGGCAGAAGGAUACGUGUUGAGAUACGUCGGGGUGGUGGAUGUAACACGAGCAGAAGGGCGAGUGGAGCUGAGACGAUACAAGAAGGACCACGCCUUCGCACAGCUCGCUGGCUCCGACAACAUCAUUGCAUUCACCACCAGCAGGUACAAGGAGCAGCCUUUGAUCGUCCGAGGACCCGGCGCCGGCGCUCAAGUCACGGCAGGUGGCGUGUUCAGUGACAUCCUGCGGCUUGCUUCCUACCUCGGUGCUCCAUCGUAAGAAAACAUCAACGAUGGCACACUCACCUGAGCCUGCUGGUUCUGGAAGUUUGGUGGUUUUGUGGAGCUUGCUUAGGCUUAGUUUGGCUUGUUUGUUUCAUUUUCUCAGUAGCAGGCAAGUGUUGGAUGUGUAGCUAAUUUUGUCUCAAGUCUGAACUACUCCUGGUGAAAGGGUUCAAUAAGAGUGGAAUUAUCUUCUACUUUUCGUCUGCUCUCCCUUUCUUAUUUCCUUUCUCGUUUUCUUUUACGCAAGAAGUUACAUUUGAUUCUUGAACUUUUAUUAUUUGGUCAUCUCGG